AUGGAUUUCGAAAGGACCACCACAGAAUUCAUUCCCUCCACCGCGGGUCCUUUUUUCGAACCUGACGAGUUUAUUGAUACCCAGUAUUUCUUUAAUCUUGCUUCGCAGGAUAUCCCUGAAUACGCUGUGCCAUGGCAUUGGAUGGCUUCAUCAAUUGAGUCACUUCCAACAGAUCCAUGUAACACGAAAGUCAAGUUUCUGCCGGCUCCAGCUUCGGAGUAUCCUCCUGAUUGUCAGUUCGAUGAGACGGGCUUCAGUACGGCUCAACCACCACCCGCCCUUCACACAUUCCAACAGCCUGCUGAAUUUAAUCUUCCCACAUCACAAACUUCUCCAUACAAGGACAUUAUACAAAUCUCUACCAGAAACCGACAUAGCGGUCAAGGAACAGCGACUUGGAUCAAUGCACCAGAUUUGAGCAACUAUCAAUCGGCACCAGAGCCGCCCAAAAAGAAGGCUAGGAGGAAGUCUACAAACGGUCAGUUACUAGGCAACAAAAAAGAUUCCCGGGGGAGAUAUAACAAACUUCUGGAACGAAACCGACGUGCCGCUGCUAAAUGCCGUGAUCGCAAACAACAAGAAGCAGACGCACUAAUCUCCGAGGUAGAAGAAUUGCAAGAUCAGCACCAACAACUUUUAUUCACCUAUGUCGAUUUAAGAGAGCAGAUUUUUCAUCUCAAGUCAGAGAUCCUGAAGCAUGGCGACUGCGACUAUGUUUUGAUUCAACAGUACAUUAGUAAGGAGGCACAUAAAACUGUGGAUAACUUGGCAAGAAAAGGGUCAUCCUCUAAAGACAAAAAUUGGAUUAUGACUUCGCGGCAAGAUGGUAGCGGAAACGGUAAUGGUCUACAGGGUAUGAUUUUCGGGUGA